AUGAACCGGCAAACUUACAGCAUGAGAGCAGGAGGUGGAGGCAGGUCUUAUAGCACUGCCUCAGCUGUUAUUCCAAGCAGCAACAGGGCUGGCUUUAGCUCGAUGUCCGUAGCACGAUCUGGAGGAGGUGGAGGUGGUUUUGGAAGGCUCAUCGGAGGAGGAGGAGGUGGUGGUGGUGGAGGUUUUGGCAGCAGGAGCCUCUACAGCCUUGGCGGUAGCAAGAGGAUAUCCAUCGGUGUUGGAAGCAGCUUCCGAGCUGCUUUUGGGAGCGGAGCUGGUGGUGGCUCUGGCCUGGGAGGUUGUGGUGGUGGUGGCUGUGGACUUGGUGGCAGCGGAGCUGGUGGCAGUCUUGGACUUGGUUUCGGUGGUGGAGGUGGUGGAUAUGGGUUUGGUGGAGGUGCUGGCGGGCUUGGCUUUGGUGGUGGACAUGGAGGUGGUGGAGGGUUUGGCUUUGGUGGAGUAGGGGGGCUGGGAGGAUUCAGUGGAGGGCUGGGUGGCGGCAGGAACCCAGCGGGAUUUGGUGGUGGCGCACCUGGAGUCGGUACAAUCCAAGAAGUGACGGUCAACCAGAGUCUCCUGGCACCGCUGAACCUGGAGAUAGAUCCAAACAUCCAGCAGGUGCGAAAAGAUGAGAAGGAGCAAAUCAAGACCCUCAACAACAAGUUUGCUUCUUUCAUUGACAAGGUUCGCUUCCUGGAGCAGCAGAACAAGGUGCUUGAGACCAAAUGGACCCUCCUGCAGGACCAGGGUCAAAAAAACAACUCGGGUAAAAACAACCUGGACCCGCUCUUUGAGGCUUACAUCAACAACUUGAAACGGCAGCUGGCCAACCUGCUUAACGAGAGAGGACGCAUGGAUGGGGAGCUGAAGAACAUGCAAGACCUCGUUGAGGAUUUCAAGAACAAAUACGAAGAGGAAAUCAACCGACGCACAGCAGCAGAGAAUGAAUUUGUGGUGCUGAAGAAGGAUGUGGAUGCUGCUUACAUGACUAAGGUGGAGCUGGAGGCCAAGGUGGAUGCCCUGACUGAUGAACUCAGUUUCCUCCGAGCCCUCUAUGAUGCGGAGCUGGCUCAGGUCAGCGCACAAGUGUCCAACACUGCUGUCAUUCUGUCAAUGGACAACAACCGGGACCUGGACCUCAGCAGCAUCAUAGCUGAAGUCAAAGCUCAGUACGAAGACAUUGCUAACAGGAGCCGGGCUGAAGCGGAGGCUUGGUACCAAACCAAGUUUGAGGAGCUGCAGGCCACGGCUGGGAAGCACGGGGAUGACCUGCGCAACACAAAGGGGGAAAUCUCUGAGCUCAACCGGCUGAUCCAGAGGAUCCGGUCAGAGAUAGAGAACAUGAGGAAUCAGUGCGUUACCCUGCAGACAGCCAUCGGAGACUCCGAGGAGCGUGGGGAGAUGGCCCUCAAAGAUGCCAAGGCCAAGAUGAUUGACCUGGAAGAUGCUCUGCAGAAAGCCAAAGCUGACAUGGCCCGGCAGCUCCGCGAGUACCAGGAGCUCAUGAACGUCAAGCUGGCCCUGGACAUCGAGAUCGCGACCUACAGGAAGCUGCUGGAGGGAGAGGAGAGCAGGCUGAGCGGAGAGGGACUCAACCCCAUCAGCUACUCUGUCGUCAGCUCCAGCUCUGGCAUGGCUGGUGGAGCUGGGUUAGGAGGAGGAUUUGGUGGACUGAGCCUAAGCGGAGGAGGCGGCGGAAGCGGUUUUGGUCUUGGAGGAGGCGGUGGAAGCGGUUUUGGUCUUGGAGGAGGCAGCGGAAGCGGUUUUGGUCUUGGAGGAGGCGGCGGAAGCAGUUUUGGCGGUGGCAGCGAUUUUGGUCUUGGAGGUGGCGGCAGUGGAGGCUACAGUUUUGGAAGCGGAGGAGGACUUGGACUCGGGGGUGGUGGUGGUCUUGGAGGUGGAUUUGGAGGAGGCAGUGGUCUCGGCAUUGGAAGUGGUCUUGGCUACGGAGGAGGCGGCGGCAGCAGUCUGAGCACCAGUGGAGGGAAUUUCAGCUCCGGAAGUGCAAAAGGCACCAACCCGGGUGUGAAAAUCGUCUCCAAAACCUCCUCCAGCAAAAAGAGCAUAAAAAGCCAAAGCCUGAAGAAUGCUACACAGCCCGAGUAA